UAAAAAAGACCAACAAUUCACCAUGAAAGAGAUCUCUCUGAUUCCUUAGCUCAAAGCCAACUAAAUAAGAAAAAAAUAAUUUCUCUAUCUCUCUCUCGCUCUUGAGAAGACUUUCUCUCUCUAGUUCUUGAUUUUCCGGUGUACAUAAAGAACGGAGAUUAAAAUUAAAUCUGAUAAAAGAAAUAUGGCAAGUAAUUUCUUUGGUAGGCCAAACACGAGAGAAUCUUCGCCGUCUUCAUCGUCUCCAACAUCGUCUUCUUCAUCUCCAGCGAGCAGAAGAGGGAAGAAGAAUGGUUCCGAGAAGCCAAAGCAGCCACAAAGAGGUCUCGGAGUAGCACAACUGGAGAAAAUUAGAUUACACGGCGAGAUGAGUUGCGACAAUUAUAAUCCGUCUUUCUAUCCUCAGGAGAAAGUGAGGAUGCAAGGGGAAUAUUCACCCAUACCAUCAUCAUCACCAUCCUUUACAUAUGCAUCAUCAUCAACUUCUUAUGGCUUCUAUCCAGAUAUAAUGAUGGGUGUACAUAGAGAUCAAUACGAAAGAGAAACCAUGAGUUGGAACCCAAGCUACGGCAUCUUAGAGAGCCAACAUUCUUUGGAACCAAACAUCACCAGACAUUUCUUACUCGAGGAUCCAAAUUCUACAAGGCGAAGUAAAUCGUUGGGAUCAGGAAACCAAAACUCGGGAUCGAGUGACAAUCAAGAGCUAGAUUUGGAGUUGAGAUUGUCAAUUUGACCAUUUGUAAUAGUUUGAUCUUCAUGAAACUGAAAAAGUCACGCAGUGUGAUUAUGCUGAAAAAAAAUCGAAGCAACAUCUGAUUAGUUUCGAUUUAGGGGUAUGGCUUAUUUUCUUCGUAGGGUUGUUGGACCGUCACUACAAAAAAACAAUUGAAUUGCAUCACUUAACUUAUAUCACAAAAAU